ACCCGGAGGCUCAGCCCUGGUGCUGCAGAACAGCGCGUCCCAGGGGAGCGCAGUGCCAUGCUCCUCCAGCACUUGGCCGGGUGCCUCCGCUGAUGCUCUCAGUCCUGGCAGAGUGCUGAACAUGCUGUGGGUCCAGGUGAGCUCCCUCCCAGUGGGAGCAUCCAAUGAAGGCUGCAGCAAAGAGUGGGUGGAAGAGCAGAGCCAGGAGCUGCACGGGCGCAGCAGGAGCCCACUGCUGGAUUUUCCUGGGAGGAGACCCUGCUGCUGCCUUGCUCCAUCCCACCGGACGGGAAAAAAUGAGUCAGCCUGCAGUGAAUGCGCCGUGCUGCUUUUUCCUCCUCUCGAGGCAAUGAGAGCCUCGUUAGCCACCUUGCAGGCCAAGCCCGGGUCUCAGCUGUGUUUUGCCCCUGAGCAGAGGACUUUUCCCAUCUCUUUGGAGCAGCCCCAUCCCUCGGUGGGCGCGGAGCCGGACUUCCAUUUGCCUGGGAAUGCAAAUCUCCCUCAUCUGUCCCACGCUGCCUUUGAAACAGGAGAAAGUCAGCCCUGCCAGGUCCUGGGGAGGCUUUUUCCUGCUCGUGGUGAUUUUGUCUUCAGCUGUGUUUGGAAGGAAACCAGCACGGCCACUUUCUCCCGGCCUCUGUAAAUCAUUCCUUCUCCCCCCCCCCAAUCCUUUCCCCUUUCAUACUAAAAUAAAGGAAAUAAUUAAAAGAGCAGGAAAA